ACAACAAACGUAAGCGUAAGAGAAUGGCAAAUCUAAUAAACUCGAUGUCAACAACGACAAACGAACAUGUCGUUGAUUAAAAACUUAGUUAAAGAAACUGAGAACAAGCCGCGUAAGAAGAAAAAGAAUGCGGACUCGGACGGCAGUGAUUCUGAUGGUAAGGACAAGCCGCUGGGGCCUUUUAUUAAAUCCGCCACUGAUUUGCAAAGGUUGAAAUUAGAGAAGCUGAUGAAAAAUCCCGAAAAGCCUGUGGUCAUACCUGAGCAACGUCGCGAGCGGGAUUAUAUGUCCUCGGUACCCACAUUUGUGCGAAAUGUGAUGGGCAGCAGUGCGGGUGCGGGCUCUGGGGAAUUUCAUGUUUAUCGUCAUCUACGACGGAAGGAAUACGCCCGCCAAAAAAAUAUACAAAACCAGAGUUUACGUGAGGCCGCGGACGACGCCUUUCAACAGAAACUGGACGAUAAUAAGCGUAUUGCCGAGGAGCGCACAGCAAAGAAACGUGCUAAGCGCCUAAAAAAGAAACAGCGGGCAAAGCAACCGCGUGAACAGAAAUCAAAUGAAUCUAAAAAGCCGGAAGAAAGUGCAUCCAAUGAAAGUGCAUCGGAAGCAGAACAAGAUGAAGAGGCUCCUCCAAUAAAGAAGAACAAAGAUACUGAAGGUGCAGAGGAAGAGGUCAGUGGCGCAGCAUCGACGUCACAGAAAUUGGAGAGCACAAAAAAAAUCGAAACGGAUGAAAGGACAAAGCAAAGUGAUCCUGUAGUCGAAUCAUCAGAACCAGUAGAAGAGUCUGCUUCUCAAACGGAUUCUUAACUUAAUAUAUUGUACAUCAAAUAAAUUGAUUUGAUUUAUUAGUGAAACAA